CCCCCGCAGGAAGUGAUCGUGCGAGGUUGUCGCCAUGUCGUCUCCUACAUGCAGAGACUUCACGAGCACAAAGAUGUUCAGAGCCGAACGAAGCUCGAGGAGGAGGAGGAGGAGGAGGAGGAGGAGGAGGAGGGAGGAGAGGAUACGGGAGGAAUUCAGGAGCUCAAGGUUGACGUGGAGGGGGAGAAAUUUCUACCAGCAGGGAGUGUGCAGGCUCCUAUGAACCCGGUGUUGUACUUGAAUCAAAAGGCGGACCUGAUGCAAGUUUACUCCGAUGGAGAUAGAAUCUUGUGCGAUAUUCGGAUCCUUGACAGCGGGAAAGUCAUAACAGGGAUUCCCGAUCAUAUGAUCAAAUGA